AUGAUUACUUACCUGAAGUUAUACAUUUUGCUUCCUAUUUCCAUUAUAGAGGAUGCUUUCUAUGAUCUCCGAAAAACUCAUCUCAAGGUUUUGAAAGAAAGCUGUGUGUACAUAACAGAAAAUGCAGACUCCGCAUCCAACAAGUUUGCAGAUCUAUGGAUUGUUGAAAGCAAUGAAUACGCUUUGCAGCAUGGAGGCUCACAACGUGAGGGCACAGGUCAGAACGUUACAUCGUCAGGACAGCCCCUCAGCUAUACAGAGAUUUUAACACCUGCGGUUGGAGAGGGAACAGCUCAUAGAACCAUCAUAACAAAAGGAAUAGCUGGGAUUGGAAAAACAUUUUGUGUAGAAAAAUUAAUUCAUGACUGGGCUGCUGGUUCCAUACUGUCAGAAUUUGAUUUUAUAUUCAUGUUCCCCUUCUAUAAGCUCAAUAAGCUGCCAAAAAAGUCAAUAAGCCUGGUGCAACUUCUCCAGCAUUACUACCCACACAUGCAGUAUUGUGAAGAGAUUUUGAUAAGCUUGUCAGUCAAAUCCUUGUAUAUAUUUGAUGGACUAGAUGAAAGUAUUCAAGGUCUAGAUUUUAAAAACCAAUUAGCUUGCUACGAUGAGAAUGAACCCAUAUCACUUGGAUCAUUACUCACAAAUCUCAUCAGAGGCAACAUUCACCCUUCAGCUUCAGUUUGGAUAACUUCCCGCCCAGCAGCCAUGGGGCAAAUACCCCUCAGUUAUAUUGACAGAGUUACUGAAAUACAAGGAUUCCAUGAGCAGCAAAAGAAAGAAUAUUUUCACAAGAAGUAUAAAAAUAGGCAGCUGGCAGAAAAAAUGAUAACAGUUAUGAACAAAGAAAGGAGCUUAUCCCCCCUAUGCUACAUGCCAAUUUUCUGCUGUGUUUUAUCAACCAUUUUGGAGACUGCACUUAAAUCAUUUCAGCACUAUGGGCUCGGUGAUUACAUGCCAGUAGCUAUUACACCUGUCUACACAAAGUUCUUAGUGCAAAUCUUUUCUCACCAACAGCAAAAACUGGAGUAUUUAAGAGGCAUGAAGCAGUCUGUUGUUGCAUUGCUGCAAUCAAAGCAAAAAGCUAUCAUCAGUUUGGGGAAACUGGCUUUUGACCUGCUGAGAGCCCAGGCACUGAUAUUCUAUGAGAAAGAUUUAGAAAUGUAUAAUGUUGAUGCUUCCCUGGUUGAGAGUGGACUUUGCAAAGAACUUAUUGUGGGAAAUGCAAAUACUUCAAAGAAAGCCUUCUGUUUUGUUGAUGGGACACUGCAGGAAUACUUUGCUGCUUUGUAUGUUUUUCUUUCCUUUAACAACAGCAAACAUAAUCCUUUAAAGACCGCAUCUAGUGCGAAGACAUUACGGAGACAUGAAAAGUCCAGCUAUCUCCAAGUCUGUAAACAGGCUUGUAAAGAAACAAUCAAGAGUUCUUGCGGUCACAUGGACUUAUUUCUCAGAUUCCUUUGCGGCUUGGGGACAAGAAAGCAUCAGCAAAGCUUGAAAGGACUGAUAACAAGUUGUGAAAUAAAUUGUGAUGAUAUAACGAAGAUUAUUCAAAUUUUGAAAAAGCAAUUGAAGGAAGAUAUUCCUCCAGAAAAAUGUAUUACUCUUCUACAGUGUUUGAAUGAAUUAGAUGAUAAUUCACUCGUGGAGGAGACCAGAAAGACCAUGGCUGUUGGUGCUGUCACUUCUCGGACACUUACACCAGCAGAAUACUCGGCGUUGGCAUUUGCCUUGCAAAUGUCGGGUGAGGAUAUGGAGACAUUAGAUUUAUCACAUCACAAAAUAUCUUCAGUUGGACUCCAGAGACUGGUGCCAGCUCUACAUCAUUUUACAAGUUUAAAGAUGAUUGGAUCGAAGUUGGGAGAUUCUGGAGUCAAUAUAUUGUCUCGAAUGAUGAAAAGUCCAGACUGUAAAUUGCAAAAGCUGGAAUUGGAAAAAAAUGAUCUGACGCAUAGGUGCUGUGAGGCACUAGCCUUCAUUCUGAUCAACAGUAGAAUGUUAUCAACUCUGAACCUGAGUAAUAACAGUCUUGGAGAUAGAGGCAUAUGUUUAUUGUGCACUGCUUUGAAGGAUCCUCAAUGCAGAAUACAGAAGCUGAACUUGAGCAACAAUAAUCUCUCUAUUGAAAGUUGGGAGGAAAUUGUCUCUGUGCUCAUCAUAAACCAAACGUUGAGAGAGCUAAAUGUGAGUAGUAAUAGAAUGGGUGAAGCAGGCCUGAGGACACUGUCUACUGCACUGAAAGAUCCACGCUGCAAAUUACAAAAACUAGGGCUGAAUAAUACUUCUACACUUGAUUUUGGGAUGAUGGGCUCUUACCUGGAGGAAACUGGAAUGGAAAUACUCAGUGAUGUGCUAAAAGAUCCUCGUUGCACAUUAAAAGGUUUAGAGCUGGCUAAUAAUUGUCUGACACAGAAAAACUAUGAAGAAAUUGCCUCUGCCAUCAGAAUCAAUCGCACUCUGACCCAUCUGGAUCUAAGUUCCAAUGUUAUUCAAGACUCUGGAAUAAAUGUUUUAGCUAUGGCAUUGAUGGACACAAGCUGCUCACUACAAUCAUUGCUGCUGACCGAUACAAAGCUAACACCUACUUGUUGUGAGAAACUUGCCACUGUGCUUGUCACAAACCAGACACUGAGAACGCUAGACCUGAGCAUGAAUAAACUGGGUGAUGCAGGAGUAUGUUCACUGUCUACCGCACUGAAGGAACCAUCCUGCAAACUGGAAACUCUAGGGUUAAAGCAAACAUCUCUCACUGAUGCAUGCUGUAAGAAACUUGUAACCGCACUCAGCACAACACAGAGAAUAACACAUCUUGACUUAAGUGAGAACUCAUUUACAGACAGCUCCAUAAAGAACUUCUGCAGCUUCAUUCUGACCUGUAGCAAUCUGGAAGUUAUAAGGUUAGAGCAGAACCAAUUCACAACAAACGGACAGAUGGCGAUAAAGAAGCUGAGCCCGGAGCAAUCAGGAGUUCAGAUCGUAGUAGAAAGAAGAUAAAUUUUUGCCUAAUAUUUUUAUAUUAUAAUCUUUGUGUGCCCUUUGUAAUUGAUUUUAUAAUUCCUCUGAUAACAAAGCAUAUUUUGAAUGUAUUUUGCAACGCAUACCUACAAAUAGAUACAAGAACAAGCUGACCCCCUCUGUUUUCUUGUUAGAUUACAUGCCGGUGUCACGUUACUUCAUGAUUAAUGACGUUUUUUGCUUGUAAGGUUUUCUAUAUUUAAUUAUUGGGAAGAAAUCACAUUUAUAUAUUUGGCAUAUAAAUAAAUCAAGAUUGCAGUGCCAUAAAAUGGGCUUUGAAAUUCAUCUUUACGUCAGAAAACAGGUGAGCCGUGGGGUUGGCAGUUGAACUGCAUUCACUGGUUGAAGUGGUUAUGGGGACCACAGAAAAUUCUUGAGAACUUACGACCGCCAGUGGUGUGUCCGACUGGGGGGAUGGGCAUGAAACAAAUGCAGUGCAAUCCAAUUUCUAGGUCACUAUCCCUAAUCUGUAAAGUUAAAUAAUCUUUGGUUUGUUAAUAAUUAUCCUCUGCUGGUUUUUGUCAUAUUGAUUUAUUGGCCCAGAUUUUGUGACCCGCAUGAAGUGAUGACGCUUACCACUGAACUCUAAGAAAACUGUCCAGAAAGAUCUGGCAAGUUCUGUGCUGUGCAUUUCACCUUUUCCACAUUAAUUUAAUUCUGCCAGCAGCUAUUGGGGAUCUCUGGUGUCCAGCAAUAGUGAUGUCAUCAAGCAGGCUACCCAGCCAAUCCCAUUGAAGAAUUCUCACUGACAGCAUACUAGGGAGUAACAAACAAGUUAUAUCAUUCACUUUUUAUAAUUUUACAUAUAGUGAAAUAAGGAUUAAGGUAGAAGCUGAAAUAUUAUAAACAACCCAAAAAAGAAAAGAAUUUCUUAAAGAAUAUACAGAAUAUUGAUUACAGAAUGGUGAAAUUUGACAUUCUACAGAUAUAAAAUUUGUUCUUCAGGGCCAAAGAGGGAGUUUUUCAGGACCAGAGAGGCUGUUCAUUAAUAAUUAUGACUUAAUAUGACAUUAAAAACCCAGUUAUCCCUCAUUCAACAAGAACUUUUUCAAGGAUUUUUAAAGUAAUAGUCCACAAGAAGUAGAAGUUCAUGUCAAUUCAGUGAUUUCUAAUUGUUUUGAGGAAUGGUACAACAGCACACCUUGUGGGUUAGUGUGUAAUCAUUGAUUGCAAUUUCUGGAUUUCUAUGUUUAGCUAUGUAUGUUUGACUACCAGAAGUUGCUAUCACUUUUACAGGGUAAUGAUGGCAAAUAUUGAUACUUGCACCAUCAUCUCAACCAUAAAAUCCAGGCCCGUAAUUUUUAAAAAUUCAGAUGCAUAUCUGUAAUAUUCUUUCAGUUCCUGAAACACUGUUUAAAGAAGACAGUACAAGUUAUGCAAUAAAUUUAAGUGAUGAGUUUAUUUAUAAUACAGUAGUAACAUCAAUAACAUUUAUAAUGCUGUUUAUAAUAAGGCUUCUGUUGUUUUAGCACCUUUCUACUUUAUUAUGAUAUGCUAUACUGGCAAAAAUAACCCUGUGAUUUUUGUACAAUUGGACAGUGGUAUUCUCUGAAUGAAUGGAUGUAUUUAACCGGGAGCUCAAUUCAAAUGUUAUUAAAUUGAUACAGUCU